UUGGCGUUUGUUGGCGUUUGUUGUCCUGUUAAUCCGGAGCGGAGCUGCGCCGCAGCUGUCUUCAAGAAACGGACAUAAAACCGACUAAACAAUGUCUUUCUCCAGAGCACCGGUGAAAAGAUUUAAUGAGCACAUUGGUUGUGCUCCCGCCCCGGGAUCCUACGAGAUCAGGACGGGAGAGCUGAAGGGAGCGGCGUCUUUUGACAAGUCUGACCGAUUCAAACCCGUCAAGACAGCUGCUGGCGCUGAUCUGCCCCCUCCAUCACCCUGCAGGAGCAACCUGGUCUCUCCUGUCCGCAGGACCCUGUCAGUUGAUUUUCUUACGGAAGUGUCCAGUGCAAGGAAAGAGAGGAAUGGCAUGACUGUGGAGAGGAAGCAGCAGAAGCUCUUGGAGAGAGAGAUCCGGAGCCUGGUGCAGCAGCGAGGGGAGCAGGACCGUCGCUUGCUGGUCUUGGAAGAGGAGAUGAAGAAGGUGGAGGCCAAGCUGCUGGCUGCAGUCAGGGAGAAGACGGCUGUCUCUGCCAGUGUCGCCACGCUGGAGCGACAGCGGGCAGAGCUCAAGAAAGUCAAUGAGUUUCUCAAAAAUAAGGUUUCAGCCGACACCACAAAAAAGAGAAUCAAUUCUCUCACAAUGGAGCUGAUGGAAGCUAGGAACAAUCUGGAUGUUAAAAACCAGGAGAUAAGUGUCCUGCAAGUCAACACUGAGGGCCAGGUGAAGGUGCUCGAAACUGAUCUCCAGGCAGCCAGAGCUACUUUCUCUGCUCUACAGGACAAGAAUAAAGACUUGGAGGAUCUCCAUGAAAUGACAAAAACUCAGAAUGAAGAGCUGGAAAAUGAAAAUGCAAGCUUGCACGCUGUGAUACACGAGCUGCGAGAGGAGGUCAAGGCACUUCAGGGAUACCUGGAUGCAGCCAAUGACCAGAUCCAAGAUCUCCGCUUGAAGAUCGAAGAGCAGACAAAAGAGAACACUGCUGGCUCUGAAGCAGAGAAGCUUCAGCAAUUAGAAGUUGAAACCACCCGAGAUCAGCUACGACAAAAAGAGGAGGAAGCUCAGAAGUUCCAGCAAGAGCUGCAGGCAUCCAAGGACUCUUUGUGGGAGGUGGAGACGAGGUUGCAGUACCAAGAGCUGGAGCUCCAGGCUGCACAGAAGUCAGCGUGCGACAUGGAGAAGCAGGUGAAGUCGGCCAACCAGGAAGUUCAAGACUGUCAGGCAACAGUCCGUCAGCAGGAGGCCGAGCUCGUCAGACUCAAGGAGGUGCUGAGGAGGACGGAGAGGGAGCUGGAUGAAAGGGUGGCACAUCUGGAGCAGAGGUGUCUGUCCUCUGAGGAAGAGAGACACAAGAUUCAGGAGGAGGGGCUGAGGAGAAUAGAGGAGCUGAAGAUGGAGUUGAGCUCCUUACAACAGAAGAAAAGAGAUGAGAGAAAGAGACAGAUCCAGCUUGAACAAGAACAUGCUGCCUUAACGGAGGAGUUGGCAAAAGAGAAGGCACUUGUAGAUUCUCUGACUGUGUUGGUGGAGCAGGAGAGGGAGGAGUCUGAGGAGCAAAUGGGACAGUUAAAGGAGGAGAUGGAGGAGGUGCUGGGAGAGCUGGCCCUCAUGGAGGAGGAGGAGCGAAGGAAGCAGGAGCUGGCGGAGCAGAGUCAGGAGGCCCUUCAGAAACUACGGGAGGAAAACGGGGAGCUGGAGCGACAGCUAAACGUUACAAAAGAACUUCUGAUGAGUAAGACCAACAACGUGGACAGUCUGGAGGGAAUGCAGGUGGCUGCCAUGAAAGAGCUCCAGGAGGUCCACACCUCCUCCCAGGAGAAGAUGGGGGACAUCGUGACGGAGCUGGAGAGUACCGCGGAGGCUCUAAAGGCAGCCGAAGCAAGACAGAGAGAGCUGGAAGCCGAGGUGGAGAGAGUGACCCACCAGCUGAAGGAGACAAUGGACAAAUUGGUUGAGGAGAAAAAAGAAGAAAUCAGCCGAGUGAAGGAGUGGUCAGAGGAGCAGGAGGAACGACUGCUGGCUGAAGGGAGAGCCAGGGAGGAGAAUGAAAGAAUGUUGCUGGAAGUGCGGUCUUGCCUCGCACAAAGAGACGAGGCGAUGAAGGCCGCGGAGGCGAGCCACGCGGCUCAAAUCCAUCAGCUCCAGCAGGAGCUGCAGCUGCAGACGAGCGAGAGGCUGGAGGCCGAGAAGCAGCUGGAGGAGCAGAGAAGUCACAGUUUAGCUCAGCUCCAACGCAAGGCAGAUAAAGAGCAGGCGCUGCUGCAGGACAAAAAGGAAAUUACAAAACGACUCCAAGAAGAAAGGGAGGAGAAAUUUAAAAUUCAGAUGGCACUCGAGCAGGAAAAAGGAGCGUUGGAGGUUGAGAGGAAAAUCCGCGAGCAGGUGAAGACGGAGCUUCUCUCUCUCCAGCGUGAGCUGGAGAGCGCCGAGGAGAGCAGGAGAAGUCUGUCGUCUGACGUGGAACUCAAAGAGCAGCUCAGACUCGCUCUGGAAAAUCAACUGAGCGCCACCGAGCUGGAGAAACAUCAGCUUCGGUCUCGUCUGUAUGACUCCGAGCAAGAAAGGGUCGGCCUCCAGGCCCGAUCGGUCCUCCUGGAGGAGAAGACGCAGGCUCUGGAGACGGAGGUGGAGAAGCAGGAGCAGGACAAACGGGCUCUGAGGGAGCACACGGAGGCGCUGGCGCAGGAGAAGGUCGCGCUGCAGUGGGAGAUGGAGGAGCAGCGGCGGGAACUCCAGACACAAAUCACCGAAGCACAAGAAAGCAGCUCUCCGAGUUCUGAGAUUGAGCACUGGAGGAGACUUUAUGAGGAGCUUUUUGCUAAAGUCAGACCCUUCCAGGAGCAGCUGAACGCGUUUGCAGCAGAGCGCCAUGCCUUGCUCAACGAGAACGGAGCAAACCAGGAGGAACUAAACAAACUGGCCGAUGCUUACGCCCGGCUCCUGGGCCACCAGAACCAGAAGCAAAAGAUCAAACACGUGGUGAAACUCAAGGAUGAGAACGUCGACUUGAAACAGGAGGUGUUGAAACUCCGUGCCCUGGUGAGCCGGCAGAAGUGCGACGUGGAGCAGCUGAAGUCGCAGCUCCCCGGCGCUUCUCGCCGCAGGUUUGAUCCCAGCAAAGCCUUCCAGCACGACAAGGAGAACAGGCAAACGGAGGCCGUAGAGCCUCUCAGGGAAGGAAACCAUAACGAGUAGAGGAGCUCUUCCAAGCUCUUCCUCGUCCAAGCUCAGACGGCUGACUGGACACACAUGAUGUGGUGAUGUUUUAUGGCUAACCUAUGCUUCUUAACACGUUCUGUGUUUGUUUUUGGUUCAUUGUUACACAUACUGAGGAUGUUUUUUUUCUUAUGUUUAGAAGCAGCAUGUAAAGGUUUAUAAUGACAUGGAUGGAAGUCUCUUGUGACUGCAAUCAGACUAAAAGCUAAUUGUAAUUUAUUUCUAACUGACUUAUCUUUUGUCAACUAAUUAUCAUUUCUUUAAAGUCACAGGACCAGUUAGUCUUUCUAAUAGAAUACCUGUUUGCACAUUUCUUUUUUCUC